AUGCCCACCGUACACUUGCUGGACUACGUUGCGGGGAACAUCCGUUCCCUGGUCAACGCGAUCAACCAAGUCGGAUAUGAUGUCGAAUGGGUUAGAUCUCCGGAGGAUGUGAAAAAUGCUGAUAAACUGAUUCUACCCGGCGUUGGCCAUUUUGGCCAUUGUCUCUCUCAAUUGGACAAAGGUGGCUUUUUAGAGCCUAUUCGGCAGCAUAUCGAGGCGGGGAAGCCUUUCAUGGGUAUCUGUGUUGGUUUGCAAGCUCUUUUCCAGGGCUCGGAGGAGGAUAACGACGUCCCAGGACUUGGCGUGAUUCCCAUGCGCAUUCAAAAGUUCGAUGACACGUCGAAGAGUGUACCGCACAUUGGAUGGAAUUCCGCGAUCAACACUGGAUCUGAUGGCGUCAAGGAUAAAAGCUUUUAUGGUCUGAGACCGACCAGCAAGUAUUAUUACGUCCAUUCCUAUGCUGCCCCCUACAAGCCAGGUGUUUUAGAAAGUGAAGGUUGGUCUGUGGCGACUGCAACUUAUGGCGACGAAGAGUUCAUUGGUGCUAUCAGCCGGGGUAACAUUUUUGGCGCACAAUUCCACCCAGAGAAGAGUGGCGUGGCUGGUCUGCGGGCUAUCCGCGCAUUCCUAAAUGGCGAUCAAUUCCAAUCACUCCCACGGGACAUUGCCACCGGCAAAGAAAAUGGGCUUACUCGUCGAGUUAUUGCUUGCCUUGAUGUCCGGACAAAUGACUCUGGAGAUCUGGUUGUCACCAAGGGUGAUCAAUACGAUGUCCGGGAGAAGAGUGACGCAGAUGCCGGUGGCAACGUUCGCAACCUCGGAAAGCCGGUUGAUAUGGCCAAACGGUAUUACGAGCAAGGCGCGGAUGAAGUGACCUUCUUAAACAUCACUUCAUUCCGAAACUGCCCCAUCGCUGAUACGCCUAUGCUUGAAAUUCUACGACAAACAUCAGAGACGGUCUUUGUGCCUUUGACCAUUGGCGGAGGUAUCAAAGACACCGUCGACACCGAUGGCACGCCCGUCCCUGCCCUAGAAGUGGCAACAAUGUAUUUCAAGUCUGGGGCCGACAAAGUCAGCGUUGGCUCCGAUUCUGUCUUUGCCGCCGAGGAUUAUUACAAUGCUGGCGAGAAGUUGAGUGGCCAAACUGCAAUCGAGACAAUAUCAAAGGCCUAUGGCAAGCAGGCUGUUGUGGUGAGCGUCGAUCCAAAGCGGGUUUAUGUGGAUAAGCCAGAAGAUACCCCCCACCACACAAUCAAGACCCAGUUCCCCAAUGCAGACGGGCAAAACUUUUGCUGGUAUCAAUGCACUGUCAAAGGCGGCCGAGAGACUCGCGAUAUCGAUGUGCGGCAACUUGUGCGAGCUGUCGAGGCUAUGGGAGCUGGCGAAAUUCUUCUGAAUUGCAUUGACAAAGAUGGAAGCAACAGUGGAUUUGAUCUGGAAUUGAUCAACGAUGUCAAAGCUGCGAUCAAGAUUCCAGUCAUCGCCUCAAGCGGGGCUGGCAUCCCCGCGCACUUUGCCGAGGUUUUCAACGAGACCACCACUGAUGCAGCAUUGGGAGCAGGAAUGUUCCACCGCGGUGAAUAUACCGUGACCCAAGUGAAAGACCACCUCCAAAGCGAGGGAUUCCUCGUCCGCCAAUUUGAGGCUGAGAUUUAA